UAUUCUUCUUAUUAAUUGAAGACAUAAAAGGAAAAAUAUAAUACAUGAAUUUUUCUAAAGCUAAGAAGACUUUUUGCUUGAACUGUUGAACUAGACCCAUUUUGUGUUUUGCUCUCACUCUCACUCCAAUUCUCACUCUUUUUUCACAAUCACUUUGUGGGUUGGAUUUUAGGUCAAGUGGAAGAACUAUACAAUGUUCACCCAAGGCCUUGACAAGGAUGCGUUCAGAUGGGUUCGUGCGGGAGGUGCUGCCAAGAACAGAGAUUUUUUCGGUGUGACCAUGGCAGCAAAACAAGCACUUGAUCCUAUUACCAGUUUAAGAAAUGCUGGAUUACCUCCUUCUGCAAAAUUUCGUAAUGGACAUUUAUCCCAAAAUAUAAUACCUGUUAAUGGCAAUGAUGAUGGUUCAGAAUCAGACAUGGACAUCUCAUCUGAUUCUGAAGAGCAUGUCCAUGACGGGCAGUACUCGUUCAUUUCAUCUCCACAAGAUGAUAAGGUGCAUAAUGUUGCAGCUGCUUCGAUGCAGAAAUCAGAGGCUCAUGGUCAUUAUGGACCUCAGCUGAAACUAGGAAAUGGUGCUCAGAGACCAGCUCAGGUCUGUGGUGGGAAGGCGGACACUGUAGAUAAGCAAUUUUCAGAUUCUGCCUGUAGCACUGAAGUUUCGUAUAUGCAGUAUAGAAGCAACAAUGGUGGUGCACCUCCUGGGGAAGCAUAUAAUUCAGAUAGUUAUUCUUCUACAGUUACUUCUAGGGUUUUUCAUACUGGAGGAAUGCAAAAGGUGAAGCCUUUUCACUAUGAUACCAUUAUUCAAGAUAACAGUGGGGAUGAGAUUCUUGACCAAUCAGUGAGGACUGUGGAACAUGGAGGAACCAACGAAUCCACUAAUAAUAUGCCCACACGUCGCCCUAUAUUUCAUGCAAGUGGGCUUGGUCCAUGGUGUGCAGUGCUGUCUUAUGAUGCAUGUGUACGUUUAUGCUUAAAUUCAUGGGCCAAAGGUUGCACGGAAGAGGCUCCCUACUUCUUGAAUCAAGAAUGUGCAGAGUUGCGGAAAGCAUUUAGUCUACAGCAGGUACUAUUGCAGCCAGAAGAAGAGCUAUUGGCAAAACAAUCUUCUGAGUUAGUUAGUGAAGCAGCUGCUCCUAAAUCAAAGAGGUUCAUUGGCAAAAUGAAAGUUCAAGUGCGUAAAGUCAAAAUGGGUUUAGAUCCUCCUCCUGGCUGCAAUCUGUCUAUGGUGAAGAUGGAAUCCGUUCAUCAACGUUUCUGCAAAGUAAACUCGAUGUUGCAUUCUGGAUGGGAAGCUCUUCGGAAAGUUCGAGUGGCUCCCAAUACGCCUGUAAAUGGUUCUCUUUCAAAGCAAAGCCUAGCUUAUCUGCAGGCUAGCAGCCAGUAUAUAAAGGAGGUAUCCAAGCUCUUGAAAACUGGAGUGACUACUUUGCGCAGCAAUUCAACAUCAUAUGAAGAAAUUCCAGAAACAUAUUGUUGCUUGCUGAAAUUGAAAAGUUCUUCUGAGGAUGAUGGGACCAAAAUGCAACCAGGAUCCAGUGAAACUCAUGUGUUCUUACCUGAUGGCCUUGGUGACGAUUUGAUUGUCAAAGUUCAUGACUCCAAGGGGCAGUAUUGUGGUCAUGUCGUAGCACAAGUGGUUUCUAUUGCCGAUGACCCUGGUGACAAGCUUCGAUGGUGGCCAAUAUAUCAUGAGCCGGAUCAUGAACUUGUUGGCCGGAUUCAACUGUAUAUACACUAUUCAACCAGUCAAGAGGAGAAUAAUCUCAAGUGUGGUUCUGUUGCAGAAACUGUAGCAUAUGAUCUUUUGAUGGAAGUCGCAAUGAAAGUUCAGCACUUUCAGGAAAGAAAUUUGUUGCUACAUGGCCCUUGGAAGUGGUUGGUGAAUGAAUUUGCAUCAUACUAUGGUGUAUCAGAUGCAUAUACAAAGUUAAGAUACCUUUCUUAUAUCAUGGAUGUGGCUACACCAACUGCGGACUGCCUUACAUUAAUACAUGAUUUACUAUCUCCUGUGAAGUCCAAUACCAAGCACAAAUUAAGUCACCAAGAGAACCGCAUCCUUGGGGAAGUUGAGGAUCAGGUCCAGCAGAUUUUAAAUGUGAUCUUUGAAAAUUACAAGUCAUUAGAUGAAUCAUUGCCAUCGGGGAUGAUGAGUGUUUUUAAGGCCGCCACUGGAUCACCAGCUCCUGCCUUGGUCCCUGCCAUCAAGCUCUAUAGCCUAUUACAUGAUAUAUUAACUCCCGAGAUACAACUGAAGUUCUGUGGAUACUUUCAGGCUGCUGCAAAAAAGAGAUCAAGAAGGCACCAGGCUGAAACAGACGAGUUCAUUUUGAGCAAUAAUGGCAGUGCAUUGAUGGAUCCAAUGACUCUUUCAAUGUCUUAUCAGAAGAUGAAAUUUUUAAUUUCAAGUAUCAAGAAUGAGAUUUUCACCGAUAUAGAGAUCCACAAGCAGAAUAUUCUUCCUAGUUUUAUAGACCUUCCAAAUCUUUCUGCACCCAUAUACAGUGCAGAUCUUUGCAGUAGAUUGCGAGCACUUCUUGUUUCAUGCCCCCCUCCUGGCCCCUCUCGUCCUGUAAUAGAACUUGUUAUUGCAACAGCAGACUUUCAAAGAGAUCUGUCUUCCUCAAAUAUUAAACCUGUUAAAGGGGGAGUCGAGGCAAAAGAACUAUUUCACUCUUAUAUAACAUGUUGGAUUGAAGAGAAGCGCCAUUCUUUACUUGAUUCAUGCAAGCUAGAUAAGGUUAAAUGUUCUGAUAUUAAAACAUCGCAAUCAACAACUCCUUUCAUAGAUGAUAUGUAUGAUCAGCUAACAGAGACAUUGAAUGAAUAUGAAAUUAUCAUUUCUCGCUGGCCAGAAUUCACAAUCAUCUUGGAAAAUGCUGUAGCAGAUGUUGAGAAAGCCAUUAUUAAAGCUUUAGAGAGACAACAUGCUGAUGUUCUAGCUCCACUGAAGGAUGGCCUUGCUCCUAAGAUAAUUGGCAAAUAUGUUCAGAAAUUCACCAAAGGAACUGCUGUCAUCUACGUUGUUCCGGAUGAGUUGGGAGUUCUUUUGAAUUCCAUGAAAAGGAUACUUUUUGUACUGCAUCCCAAGAUAGAAACCAAGCUGAAGUCAUGGUGUCCUUGCACUCCACCUGGUGGAAAUGCAAUUCCAGGAGAGCGUCUCAGUGAAAUUACAGUAAUGCUGAGGGCUGACUUCAGAAACCAUAUUCAAGCAAUAGUGGAGAAACUUGCAGAGAAUACAAAAGUUCAGACUGCUACAAAAUUGAAGAAGAUAAUCCAAGACUCAAAGGAAACUGUUGUUGAGUCGGAUGUAAGAAGUAGAAUGCAGCCUUUGAAAGAUCUUUUGAUAAAUACGAUAGAGAACCUCCAUUCUGUUUUUGAGCCACAUGUGUUCAUAACCGUCCUUCGAAAUUUUUGGGACCGGAUGGGACAGGAUGUUCUACACUUUAUGGAAAACCGAAGAGAGAACAUGUCCUGGUAUAAGGGCUUAAGGAUUGCGAUUUCGGUGUUGGACGAAAUCUUUGCGGCACAGAUGCAGAAGUUGCUAGGGAAUGCACUCCAGGAAAAAGAUUUGGAGCCACCUCCAUCUGUGAUAGAAGUGCGGUCGAUGUUUGCGAGGAUUUUUUAAUUAUGAGAAGUAUCUAUCUGCCUGUACAGAUUUAGUCGAAUUACACACUGCUUGGAAAGGAAUGACUACCAGAAGCGAUGGUUUUCAGAAAUUUUGUAGAGGUCUCCAUUGGAGGCCAUCAUUUCUUUGCCUUUUGUUUUUUUGGAAGAGAUGUAUGAAAUUUUGGGAAGUCACAGAUUUGAUAUCCAUUUUCCUACAGUCUUGUAACCGGGCUGAAAGUUAUGAAAGAGGAAUGAGGUUCAAUCGCUA